AUGGUAGAUAAUUACAAUUUUUAUGUUCAUGAAUCAUUGGUGGACAAAGAAAAGCGUGUUGAAGGUCAUAGUCUACAAAAAUUAAAUGAUAAAUUGACUCAAUUAAAUAAUGAAAAUGAAAAUUCCAAAAUUAGAUCCAUCAAAAGACAAGCAACAUCACAAACUCAAUAUGAUAGUGAAAACGAAGAUUCAAUUCUUUUUAUCGCUAAUGAAAAUGAAAAUGAUCGAUUUACUAUGGUGAAGAAAAAUCAAAACAACCAAAAACGUAAAAUUCAACGUGGUGAAGAACAACAUGUUUACAAUCUUGAUCAACUUGAUGAGUCAUACAAUAAUGAUAAACAUCGGAAAACAAACAACUAUCGAAUCUAUUCAAGAAGAACGAAAACAAAAGAAAUAGUGGAUGACUCAUCUUAUCAUCACGUGAAUAAAAAAUCAAACAAUUAUCAAGUAAAUCAUCAUCAUCAAAUAAAUCAAAAUGAUAAAACAAAUAUUCCUGUUUAUCCUGUCAAUAAUUACUCUUUAUCCUAUGCUACUGAUCUUCAUCUUACACCAUUGAAAAUAAAAUGUAAUCCAACUUUAUCUGAUAAAAAUGCUGCUUUAAAACUUACAAUUGGAUUCGACUAUUGGUGGAUAAAUAAUGAUGGUGAUCUUGUAGGAAUUACAAAAGAUUUAUCAUUAUACGUUUAUUUAUGUGAUACAAGACAUUACCCUGAUUAUAUUGAUUCAGUUCAACUUAAUCCUAUACUACCUAUUCAUUUACCACCACAACAUGCAGCAGUGAUAAAAUUUGUACCAAAUGAUCAUUCUCUUGUUGAUAUUGAAGAAGAUCUUAGAAAACGUUAUUCAUCUAUUUAUCAUAUUGAAGAAAUGAAUGCUACCAGAAGAUUGCACAGCAGACAUAUUAGAAUAGAUGUAUAUGAUAAAAUUGAAUAUAAUAAUAUAUUAAAUGGUGGUAUAAUUACAUUAGGUGGUAUGCUUUGUGAAGUUGAUGAAUAUUUGCCUGCACCUAAAAUUUUAUUAUGUACGAAAUGUAAUAUUCCUGGACAUACAAAAAAAGUAUGUAGAUUAGAAUAUGAUCGAUGUCGAAGAUGUGGCAAUGAUCGUAGUAAUGGUGAUCAUAAGCAAUGUAUGAUAUUAUGUCACCACUGUGGUGGUGAACAUCAAGCAAAUAAUUAUAAAUGUCCAAUUUUACUCGAAUUUCGUCGGAAUCUCAUUGAAAAAUUGAGAGAAAAUCCAGACAAAUUACCUCCUCAGAUACAAAUGUUCAUUCCUCUUGAUUGUAGACUACGAAAAACGGAAAAAGUUCUAUUCAACGAGAAAAAACCCGUUCAACAAUUUACUUAUACUAAUUCACUUUAUGAAUGGCCAAUUCUUGAUAAACCAUUGAAAAACUGCAGUUAUGACAAACAUUUGAACAAUUUACAAAAUGAACUUGAAGCUCAAAAACAUAAAUACCAGCUCGAAAUUGAAAAAAUCAAUAACAAAUUGCUACAAUAUUCAACAAAUAUUCAAAAAUCAUGUAUAAUUAUGCAAACUCAAAUUAAUACACAAAAAGAAAUAAUUGAUUCAACAACAUCAAUUGUAAAUGAUUUAACAUUAAAUAUGAAUACUAAUAUUAUUAACAUUAUUAAUAAUCUA